GGCACAAUGUUUUUAUGUUGCAGAUGGCUGAGAGCUAGCAAGGAAAAUUCAGGAGCAUGAUGGCUCAGUUUCCCACAGCUAUGAAUGGAGGGCCAAACAUGUGGGCUAUUACCUCUGAAGAACGGACUAAGCAUGACAAGCAGUUUGAUAACCUCAAGCCCGCAGGAGGUUACAUAACAGGUGAUCAAGCACGUACAUUUUUCUUGCAGUCAGGCUUGCCGGCUCCUGUUUUAGCUGAAAUAUGGGCUUUAUCAGACCUGAACAAAGAUGGGAAGAUGGAUCAGCAAGAGUUCUCCAUAGCCAUGAAACUCAUCAAACUAAAGUUACAAGGCCAGCAGUUGCCUGUGGUUCUCCCUCCUAUUAUGAAACAACCUCCUAUGUUCUCUCCAUUAAUUUCUGCCCGUUUUGGAAUGGGAAGCAUGCCCAAUCUGUCCGUUCCUCAGCCAUUGCCUCCAGUCGCUCCUAUAGCAACAGCUUUGUCCCCUGCAACUUCAGGGACCACCCUUCCUCCCUUAAUGAUGCCUGCUCCCUUGGUGCCUUCUGUUAGCACUUCAUCCUUACCAAAUGGAACUGCCAGUCUCAUUCAGCCUUUAUCCAUUCCUUAUUCUUCUGCAACAUUGCCUCAUACGUCAUCUUAUAGUAUGAUGAUGGGAGGAUUUGGUGGUGCUAGUAUACAGAAAGCCCAGUCUCUGAUUGAUUUAGGAUCUAGUAGCUCAACUUCCUCAACUGCUUCACUCUCAGGGAACUCGCCCAAGAUUGGGACCACAGAGUGGGCAGUUCCUCAGCCUUCAAGAUUAAAAUAUCGGCAAAAAUUUAAUAGUCUUGACAAAAGCAUGAGUGGAUACCUCUCAGGUUUUCAAGCUAGAAAUGCCCUUCUUCAGUCAAAUCUUUCUCAAACUCAGCUAGCUACUAUUUGGAGUCUGGCUGACAUUGAUGGGGAUGGACAACUAAAAGCUGAAGAGUUUAUCCUUGCGAUGCACCUCACUGACAUGGCCAAAGCUGGACAGCCUUUGCCUCUGACUUUACCUCCUGAGCUGGUCCCUCCAUCUUUUAGAGGAGGAAAGCAAAUUGAUUCCAUUAAUGGAACUCUGCCUUCAUAUCAGAAAAUACAAGAAGAGGAACCUCAGAAAAAAUUACCAGUUACUUUUGAGGACAAGCGGAAAGCCAACUACGAGCGAGGGAACAUGGAACUGGAGAAGCGACGCCAAGCCCUGAUGGAGCAGCAACAGAGGGAGGCAGAGCGGAAAGCCCAGAAAGAAAAGGAAGAGUGGGAACGAAAACAGAGAGAAUUGCAAGAACAAGAAUGGAAGAAACAACUUGAAUUAGAAAAACGCUUGGAGAAGCAGAGGGAAUUGGAGAGACAACGGGAGGAAGAAAGGAGAAAAGAGAUAGAAAGACGAGAGGCUGCAAAACAGGAACUUGAAAGACAACGUCGUUUAGAGUGGGAGAGAAUUCGCAGACAGGAGCUCCUCAAUCAGAGGAACAGAGAGCAGGAAGAAAUUGUGAGGUUAAACUCUAAAAAGAAGAGUCUUCAUCUCGAGUUGGAAGCACUGAAUGGCAAACAUCAGCAGAUCUCAGGCAGACUUCAAGAUGUCCGACUCAGAAAACAAACUCAGAAGACUGAGCUGGAAGUUCUGGAUAAGCAAUGUGACCUGGAAAUUAUGGAAAUCAAGCAGCUCCAGCAAGAACUUCAGGAAUAUCAAAAUAAGCUUAUCUAUUUGGUACCUGAGAAGCAAUUAUUAAAUGAAAGAAUUAAAAACAUACAGCUUGGUAACACACCUGAUUUAGGAAUGAGUCUACUUCAUAAAAAAUCAUUAGAAAAGGAAGAAUUAUGCCAAAGACUUAAAGAACAGUUAGAUGCACUGGAAAAAGAAACUGCAUCUAAGCUAUCAGAAAUGGAUUCAUUUAAUAGUCAACUAAAGUGUGGGAGUAUGGAUGACUCUAUUCUUCAGUGCCUUUUGUCUCUGCUCAGCUGUCUCAACAACCUCUUCCUCUUACUUAAGGAACUGAGAAAAAGCUACAAUACACAGCAGUUAGCUCUUGAACAGCUUCAUAAGAUCAAACAUAACAAGUUAAAGGAAAUAGAAAGAAAAAGGUCAGAGUUAAUACAAAAAAAGAAACAAGAAGAUGAGGCUGUAAGGAAAGCAAAGCAAGGAAAAGAAAACUUAUGGAGAGAAAAUCUUAGAAAGGAGGAAGAAGAAAAACAAAAGCGGCUCCAGGAAGAAAAGACCCAAGAAAAAGUUCAAGAAGAGGAAAAGAAAACUGAGGAGAAACGAUGUGAGCCAGCUAGUGAGUUGGUGAAUUAUAGAGCUUUAUAUCACUUUGAAGCAAGGAGCCAUGAUGAAAUGAGUUUUAAUUCUGGGGAUAUAAUACAGGUUGAUGAAAAAACCAUAGGAGAACCUGGUUGGCUUUAUGGUAGUUUCCAAGGAAAGUUUGGCUGGUUUCCAUGCAACUAUGUAGAAAAAAUGCCAUCAAGUGAAAAAUCUGUGUCUCCUAAAAAGGCCAUACUUCCUCCCACCGUAUCUUUAUCUGCUACCUCAACUUCUGAAUCACUUUCUUCAAAUCAGCCAGCAUCAGUGACUGAUUAUCAAAAUGUAUCUUUUUCAAACCUAACUGUUAAUACAUCAUGGCAGAAAAAGUCAGCUUUUACUCGCACUGUGUCCCCUGGAUCUGUGUCCCCUAUUCACGGACAGGGACAGGUUGUAGAAAAUCUAAAAGCACAGGCCCUUUGUUCCUGGACUGCAAAGAAAGAUAACCACUUGAACUUCUCAAAACAUGAUGUUAUUACUGUCUUGGAGCAGCAAGAAAAUUGGUGGUUUGGGGAAGUACAUGGAGGAAGAGGAUGGUUUCCAAAAUCUUAUGUCAAAAUCAUCCCUGGGAGUGAAGUCAGACGGGAAGAGCCAGAAGCUCUGUAUGCAGCUGUAAAUAAGAAACCUACCUCCGCAGCCUAUACAGUUGGAGAAGAGUAUAUUGCACUUUAUCCGUAUUCAAGUGUAGAACCUGGAGAUUUGACAUUCUCAGAAGGUGAAGAAAUACUGGUAACUCAGAAAGAUGGAGAAUGGUGGACAGGCAGUAUUGGAGAUAGAACUGGAAUUUUUCCAUCAAAUUAUGUCAAACCAAAAGAUCAAGAGAGUUUUGGGAGUGCUAGCAAAUCUGGAGCAUCAAACAAGAAACCUGAGAUUGCUCAAGUAACUUCAGCAUAUGUGGCUUCUGGUUCGGAACAGCUUAGCCUCGCACCAGGGCAGUUAAUACUAAUAUUAAAGAAAAAUGCAAGUGGGUGGUGGCAAGGGGAGUUACAGGCCAGAGGCAAAAAGAGACAGAAAGGAUGGUUUCCUGCCAGCCAUGUUAAACUUUUGGGUCCAAGUAGUGAAAGAACUACACCUGCCUUUCAUCCUGUGUGUCAGGUGAUUGCUAUGUAUGACUAUGCAGCGAAUAAUGAAGAUGAGCUAAACUUCUCCAAGGGACAACUUAUCAAUGUUUUGAACAAAGAUGAUCCUGACUGGUGGCAGGGAGAAAUCAAUGGGGUGACUGGUCUCUUCCCUUCAAACUAUGUUAAGAUGACGACAGACUCAGAUCCAAGUCAACAGUGGUGUGCCGAUCUCCAAACCCUGGACACCAUGCAGCCGAUGGAGAGGAAGAGGCAGGGCUACAUCCACGAGCUGAUUCAGACUGAGGAGCGGUACGUGGACGACCUGCAGCUGGUCGUGGAGGUUUUUCAGAAACGGAUGGCAGAGUCAGGCUCUCUCACCGAAGGAGAAAUGACCUCGAUCUUCGUUAACUGGAAGGAGCUCAUCAUGUCCAACACGAAGCUGCUGAAGGCCCUGCGGGUUCGGAAGAAGACCGGGGGCGAGAAGAUGCCGGUGCAGAUGAUCGGGGACAUCCUGGCGGCCGAGCUGUCCCACAUGCAGGCCUACAUCCGGUUCUGCAGCUGCCAGCUCAACGGAGCCACUCUCUUACAGCAGAAGACCGACGAGGACACGGACUUCAAAGAAUUUUUAAAGAAGCUGGCGUCUGACCCGCGUUUGAAUGAACCGAGACUUGCUCACCGUUGGGUUCUCAGUGCCCAGCAUGGCACCCAGCACAUCGCGGCAGCCGUAGGACGCCCGGUCGGGGGUGGUAGGCACAGUACACCCCACGUGACCCGGCCACUCUUCCAGAUUCUGGAGAACACGCCAGAGAGUCACGUGGACCACUCCUCCUUGAAGCUGGCCCUCGGGCGGGCGGAAGAGCUUUGCUCCCAGGUGAACGAAGGCGUCCGGGAGAAGGAACACGCGGACCGCCUGGAGUGGCUCCAGACGCACGUCCAGUGCGAGGGCCUCGCAGAGCAACUCAUUUUCAACUCCCUCACCAACUGCCUGGGGCCGCGGAAGCUGCUGCACAGCGGGAAGCUGCACAAGGCCAAGAGCAACAAGGAGCUGCACGGCUUCCUCUUCAACGACUUCCUGCUCCUCACCCACCUGGUCAAGCAGUUCGCCGUGUCCUCGGGCGCCGAGAAGCUCUUCAGCUCCAAGUCCAACGCUCAGUUCAAAAUGUACAAGAUGCCCAUUUUCCUGAACGAAGUCCUGGUGAAACUGCCCACAGACCCAUCCAGCGAGGAGCCUAUCUUCCACAUUUCUCACAUCGACCGGGUCUACACCCUCCGGACAGACAACAUUAACGAGAGGACAGCCUGGGUGCAGAAGAUCAAGGCCGCUUCUGAGCAGUACAUCGACACGGAGAAGAAGAAGCGAGAGAGGGCCUAUCAAGCUCGCUCUCAAAAGACUUCAGGCAUCGGGCGUCUGAUGGUGCAUGUCAUUGAAGCUACAGAAUUAAAAGCCUGCAAACCGAAUGGAAAGAGCAACCCGUACUGUGAAAUCAGCAUGGGCUCCCAGAGCUACACCACCAGGACCCUCCAGGACACACUGAACCCCAAGUGGAACUUCAACUGCCAGUUCUUCAUUAAGGACCUGCACCAAGACGUGCUGUGUCUCACCAUGUUCGACAGGGACCAGUUCUCUCCAGACGAUUUCCUGGGUCGGACUGAAAUCCCAGUGGCGAAAAUUCGAACAGAACAGGAAAGCAAAGGCCCUACCACCCGGCGACUCCUGCUGCACGAGGUCCCCACCGGGGAAGUCUGGGUCCGCUUUGACCUGCAGCUUUUUGAGCAAAAAACUCUCCUGUAGGGGCCUCGGGAGGGCGUCUGCCCUGGGCUGGGGCUGGGAAGACGGUGGUGCUGCCCCGUGGAGGACGGAGGUCGCUCAGCUUCAUCCAUCGCAAGGCCGCACGUGCGCUGGGGCCUCUCUAGUUGAUCGCACACUAAAUCGCUAGCCAUCUAUGCAAACACCUUCCCUAUGAGUAAACCAAACCCCGCGGCACGGUGCCUUGUAUGAGUGCUAACAUGUUGGGCUGUUUGGAUGCCACGGUUUCCAUUUUCAGGGCUAUAACAAGUAUUACGUGGAGCUGAGGCAUCGGACCACCGGACGUUACCACUUGGUUGAAUGUGUCCACUGUGGGCGGUUUUGGUGACACUGUAACCAUUCCACGCCCUGUGACCUCUGCUGGUCACAGCCACUCAGGAGGCCGAGGACUGGGAGGAAGGCUGUGGCCGCAGCGCGGGGCCAGCCUGAUGCUGACAUAGCGUCCACUCGUGCACUGAACAAAACCAGGCUUGAUCCUUGAGCUCCUGGUCAGAUUUAUCCUUCUCUGCUGAGACAAUGUAGUUGGAAAUCUAAGGGGGAAAGCUUGAUUUACUUUAAAUACUGUGAACGCUAAUGAUGUGGAAAAUAUUUUUCAACUUUAAUUUUCUGAAGUAUAAAUUAUUUAUGUAAAUUCCUUGUUUUUGCAUAUUUCAUAGGACGUGCAUCUUUAAGCUUUAUCAUUGCCAAUAUGUACAGAAAGAGAAUAAAACUAUACGUUUAUGAAUGUCA